AUGAAUGUCGGGCAGUACCUAAAGCGACCGGUGGAUUUCUCCAAAUUCUCAGCACUGCGGACACUCGAGCUACAAAACAUUGCCGUCUGGUGUCGGUACCAUGAUGAGGACGAGCUAUGCGGCCCGGGUGGCGAUGGCAUUAUGCUCAAUCUGGCCAUGUUCAAUAUCCGGCGACACAGCGCUAACCUUGCGGCCCUAUGCGCCUCGGCGGAUCGAUCUUUCAACGUCCUGCUCUGUUGCCGCUUCGUCGUCUCGUCUGUGAACCAUGGGACGUUGGAUGCGGUCAUCGACAUUGAUAAGCAGAAGGUGCUGAGCACACGGCGCGGAUCUGUCAUCAAGGAUAGAAAUGCCUGGGCUGGUUUCUACUAA